CCCGGCCUCGAUCUGUUGCCCUUAGAAUGGGCAUGUCAAAAUUCGAGAAUCUGUAUGGAGGUUUUCUGGUCGGACUAGUGCUUAGCGCGAUCGUGUUCGGUGUCGUCACUGUUCAGGCCUGGCUCUACUAUUGCACAUAUCCUAAAGACAGUCCUGUUGCUCGAUCCUCUGUGGGGUUCUUAUGGCUCGUACAGGCAUUCCAAGUAGUGACUGUGGCCUACGUAGUGUACGACGCCGGAAUCAUGAAGUUUGGUUAUCUGCUUGAAGAUACCAAAUGGUAUCAUACCAUGUAUCCACUGGUUACGACUAUAUCCUCUGUCACUGUCCAGUUCUACUUCAUUCAUCGGCUGCGUAAAUUGGGUCAAUCGGAAUGGGUGCCGCUGCUGUUGACUAUUAUGACCUUGGCGCAAUUGGCGAUGGGGCUGGUGAUUUGCAUCCAUAUGAACAUCAACCAUGGGAUUUAUAAUCUAAUCCCUAUCCUAAAGCCAUUUCUGAUUGCCUGGCUCACGAUAGAGGCCGGCUCCGACGUUAUCAUUGCAUUUUCAAUGUGUUAUUUCCUUCGGAAGAGCUGUACGGGGUUUCGAUCGACUGAUUCCAUGAUUCGGGUUUUGAUGAUCUAUGCCAUCAACACUGGGAUGCUAACUACCGUGAUGGCGAUGGCGGUCAUGUUCACUUACACGUUUUACGGAUUGCAUUUUGUGAAUCUCAUUUUCCUACUGCCACUUGGAGGAGUUUAUACUGCUUCGUUAUUGUCCAAUCUACACUCACGUUCAACGUUGCAGAGGCGACUUCGCACUGUUGAAGAGCAUGGUACUUCGAUACACCUGUCUCGUCUUCCCCCAAAGGUGCGCGUAUAUUUCACGCUGGAUUGAUUGUCUUGGUAAUUUCUUUAGACGCGACUGAUGUGGGUACCUUCUACUAGAUUCGGGAGAAGUUCCCUGAUUGUAAUCAGGGUCAACUGUGAUCUCCCUUGCGACACAUUUCUCUCGCCUUGGGAGAAAGGUGGGA